AUGGAUAAAUGGAUUGGUCAAGGCUAUGAUGGCGCUGCAGUGAUGAGCGGCCGGUUACGGGGCGUAAGAACAAUAAUCUCAGAGCAAUACCCGAAGGCGCAAUUCGUACACUGUGUUGCUCAUGUUCUUAACUUAGUUUUAGCGCAUUCCUGUGAGAUACCAAUGAUACGUAACUGUAUCGGAACCAUUAAGAGCGUAAUAAACUUUUUUCGCCAAUCACCGCUUCGCGACGGACUUUUGAAGAAAAUUGCGGAUCAAAUUAACUCAUCUCAUUCAACGCUUAUCUCUCUUUGUGAGACAAGAUGGACCGAGAAACACGUGGCUGUCGAAAGAUUUGCAGAAAUGGUUCCCGUUAUACGCGAAACACUUGGGGCACUUCAAGAUGCUGCAAGCAGCGACGUCGCUACUCAAGCAUACCAUCUUCAAACCGCUAUGGAUAACAGCCAGUUUAUUGUUUCUUUAGUUAUACUGAGAAAAGUUUUUUCAUAUACAGCAAACCUUAACAAAGCAAUGCAGAAAGUCAAUGUCGAUUUGACCAACAUUUGCAAAUAUACAAAAACGGUAAAAACGACUUUACUAAAUGUUCGGAACGAAAGUCAGUUUGCAAUCCUUUUUGAGCAAGCGCAGCAGAUGAGUUCAGGCGAUAUAGUCGUGCCAAGAAUAACUGGAAGGCAAACCCUGCGCAAUAAUAUUGCAGCAGAAACUGCCGAAAUAUACUACCGACGAAAUGUGUUUUACCCUUUCAUUGAUCAUGUUAUUGCAGAACUCGACGCUCGUUUUAAACCACAUGAAUCGACGAUCGAAGGAAUUCAAAUGCUGUUACCUGAAAAAACUAGUAAUGACUCCAGGAUAAAAGAAAAUCUUGAAAAAAUUGCAAAAACAUUUCUUGGUGGAGAAAAUGAAGGCACAAUAUUUCUGAGUGAAUAUGAGAUAUGGCACAAUCACUGGAAAUCUGUAGCACAAAAACCUGCAACUGUGCUUGACGCUAUCGAUAACUGCGAUGAUCAGUUCUUCCCUUCAAUAAAAAAGCUUCUAAUUAUCUUAGCCACACUCCCAGUGUCCACUGCAACCCCUGAAAGAUCUUUCUCUACCUUAAAGAGGUUAAAAACUUACCUAAGAAAUAAAAUGGGCGAUGAAAGACUUACUGGUCUGGCUUUAAUGAGCGUACACCGAGAUCUGGCGGUGCAACUAGAUUCCGAAGAAAUUAUCAAUCAGUUAGCAAUAAAACGUAAAAGACUAAAUUUAUUAUUUUAA